AUGACCAGUACGGAGUCCUCACUGUUCACAACCGUAGGCCCCCACUCAGAUCCUGACGACAGUGAGGUGGAGCUGGACUGCCGGUUUAAUGAGGAGUUCAAGUUUAUCCUGCUGCCCGUGAGCUAUGCAGUUAUCUUUGUGCUGGGCCUAGGCCUCAAUGCCCUGACCAUCUGGCUCUUCCUCUUUCGCCUCCGACCAUGGGAUGCGACAGCCACCUACAUUUUCCACUUAGCUUUGUCAGAUACUUUGUACGUUCUGUCGCUGCCCACCCUCGUCUACUAUUACGCAGCUCGCAACCACUGGCCCUUUGACACUGGGCUCUGCAAGUUCAUCCGCUUUCUCUUCUAUUGGAACCUCUACUGCAGCGUCCUUUUCCUCACCUGCAUCAGCGUACACCGCUACCUGGGCAUCUGCCACCCGCUGCGGGUGGUGCGCUGGGUCCGCCCGCGCCUUGCUGGGCUUCUCUGCCUGGCAGUUUGGUUGGUCGUAGCUGGCUGCCUCGUGCCCAACUUGUUCUUUGUCACCACCAGCCCUAAGGGGGACAUCAUCUUGUGCCACGACACCACCCGGCCUGAGGAGUUUGACCACUACGUGCACUUCAGUUCGGCAAUCAUGGGGCUGCUCUUUGGCGUGCCCUUCCUGGUCACUCUUGUCUGCUAUGGGCUCAUGGCCCGGUGCCUGUAUCGGCCCUUGCCAGGGGCUGCCCAGUCAUCUUCCCGUCUGCGCUCGCUGCGCACCAUCGCUGUGGUAUUGACUGUCUUUGCCGUCUGCUUCGUGCCUUUCCACAUCACCCGCACUGUUUAUUACAUGGCAAGGCUGUUGGAAGCUGACUGCUGGGUACUGAACAUCGUCAACAUGGUCUACAAAGUGACUCGGCCUCUGGCCAGUGCCAAUAGCUGUCUGGAUCCUGUGCUCUAUUUGCUCACUGGGGACAAGUAUCGACGUCAGCUCCGGCAGCUCUGCAGGGGUGGCAGGCCCCGGCUCCCCACGGCUGCCUCCUCUCUGGCGCUGGUGUCCCUGCCUGAGGACAGCAGCUGCAGGUGGACAGCUACCCCCCAGGACGGCGGCUUGGGCAGAUAGAUUGUAACGGAAGCCGGGAAGUGAGAGAAAGGAGGGCACUCGGGGAACUUGAGACUCCUUGGCUUUACUCUGUAGUACCAACUGAGAUGAUCAAAGGCCAGAGAUGAGACUUCCCAUGAGCGCAAAAGUCACCCCAGAUCUGGUCCUGGCCUCUGACCCUGGCUUCUUGCCAUGCUCUCUUGGAUCAGUACACAUAUAUGGCAAGGUCGCUCAGGGGCCAGUGCAGAAGUACCAGACUCCAGAAGUGCUUAGGCUGCUUGAAACAAGGCAUGAUGCCCAGGAGCCUGAAGGAGACGAAGAUCCCAGAACGGUGUUCCAACCAAAGGUACCACUAGCCUCUGGAAGCUCACCCGAUAUUGAACGCAUAUAGUUAUGAGGAUUUUCAUCUCCCUGUCCCGUCCUGGUCCAACCCCACAUCUACCACCCACUGAAGGGGGCAGGCUCUGGAGUGAUAAGGACUGCCUCAUCAGGUCUGAGCCCUGGGCCUUGCCCAUUUGCCCUUUGAUUCCCUCUGCUGGUAUUACUAGAACAUAAGGAUGAAGAAAAGGUGAGAAGGGCUGCUAUCUGGUCCUAGUGACACAGAGGUCCGGAGAAGGGAAACACCCCUCACAU